UUAUAAAUAUUGGUAGCAUAUUGUAAAGUUACUACCUCAGAAAUUCCCAAAUUCAAACCAUUUUUUUUUUGUUUGAAAAAAAAAAAGUUUAAGAUAAGAUAUAUGGGUUCCAUAAUUAAAAAUUACACGUAUGAUACUGUAGUUGUUGUGCUAUUUCUCCUGCCUGCAUUAAUUUGUUGCUUAGAAGAGCCCAUCUUUCGUUCCAAGGCAACCUAUUAUCAUGCUAUUGAUGGUCUUGGAACCCCAAGAGGAGGGUGUGGAUAUGGCGAGUAUGGAAGAAUAAUCAACAAUGGAGAUGUAGCUGUGGUUACUUCUUCUAAACUCUACAAGGGUGGAGCUAGUUGUGGUGCUUGCUACAAGGUUAAGUGCAAGGAGGCAGUAUGCAAGGAAGACGGAGUGGUGGUGAUGGUGACAGACUACGGUGUAUCAGACGGCGAAACGGACUUCAUAUUAAGCAGUAAUGCAUUCAACAAAAUGGCAAUGCCUAAUUAUGAGAAGGAGUUAAGGGAUGAUGGUAGAGUUCCCAUUGAAUACCAAAGAGUUGCUUGCCAAUUUCCUGGAAAAUCUCUAGCACUUAAGGUUGCGGAACAUAGCCGUUUUCCUUCUUAUUUGUCAUUUCAGUUCUUGUACCAAGCUGGAGAUGCUGAUAUCACUGCUGUUGAAAUGUUUGAGGAAGAAGCCCUAGAGUGGAAGAGAUGCCGGAGAGCGUACGGAGCAGUUUGGGACAUAGCAAAUCCACCAAGGGGUCCUCUAACAGUGAGGUUCUUUUUAGAUGGAAGUGUAAGUAAGAGAGCUAGAUGGGUUUUGGUGCCUAAAGUCAUCCCUACUUAUUGGCAAGCUGGUGUUGCUUAUGAUACUUCUAUUCAACUUAAUCAAUUAGAUAAUUAAGGACUACUUUAUUCAUGUUUAAUUAAUUAUAUGCUGGAUUCUUAAUUAAGAUAUGAUCAUGCAUCAUUGUAUGAUUUUGUGGAGCAAUUCUACUUAAUUAAGUAUUUUUUUUUGUUUUAUUUUAAAAGCCACAAUUGGCUUCUUUAAUGAGUGAGGGGUUUGAUUCUAGUUAUUACAAGAAAUUAUUGUAUUUUUCCUUUAAUUUUCUAAAUCUCUUUUAAUAAGUUAAUUUUAUAUAAGGAGUUUUGAUUUGAGCUUUUUGAUUA